GCAAGCUUCACAGCUGUGGCGGUGCAGCAUCACCUUUGACUUGAUCACACCCAAGCUUGCAUGGGCCAAGCAGCACUAGGCAGGGGUCUGCAGCACGCUUAAAACGUCAUGACGUAUGAUUCCAAUUCGACGGCGGCUACCAGAAAGGCAAACAGCAGUUCACAGGUCCAUGAUGGCAUACUUUGCAGCGCGUUGGUGUCCAUGCGCCGCCGUUCAAGCUUGUUCCGGGGGGGUUAGUUGUGGCUUGUACCUUAUUAGCCCUGACACAGGCAAGCAAGCAACCUUGGAAUGCCAUCAGAUCGGGUUACCUCAGCCUGGGUUGCCAUGACAUGUUCUGUAAUGUAAUGUCAUGUAAUGUAAUGCAAUGUAGCAGCCAAGCUAAAGCCAAGCUUGCCUCUAUUCAUGCUUCUGUGGCUUGACCUGCCUAUGACGCAACAUGGAAACCAGCGUUUCUUCCUUUUCCUUGGCCGGAAUGCAUGGAAAGCGCCAAGAUGACUGGCAAUAAAUAGUACAUGACUUCGCAGAAACCUUCUUGCCAUUUCCAUCUCCCUCUUCAUUUGCGCUUCAACUGCUUUCAGCUUAUUUCCGACUAGAAAUCUUGUCAUUCUUCACCCUACACCAACGCAAAAAACGCUUAUACAUAGGCUCUCUUCCCACGGCUCGACAACAACUCGUACAUAACAACCUACUCUCUGAGCUUCCGAGCUUUCAACACUAUUCACCAUGCCUUUCACAUCCAGCGACGUCGCCAAGAUCAUUGUUGCCAUCCUCCUGCCGCCCGUAGGAGUCUUCCUCGAGAGAGGCUGCGGUGCCGACUUCUUGAUCAACAUCCUGCUCACAAUCUUGGGUUACAUUCCCGGAAUCAUCCACGCUCUGUACAUCAUAUUGAAGUACUAGAGCACCUCCACCACGCUUCGUAUCCGCCAG